AGCAGUCCUAAAAUGGAAAGGUGCUACUGCUGGCAGUGUAUUGAGGAGCGAUUGAGAAAUAGAGAAUAUGAUCUUCUAGAAACUCCCCCCAAUUCCCCCGCAGAAGGGGGUCUAGAAGUGGAUGAAGGCUUCUAUGAGCUGUCUGCGGGGGAAGAUAAUGAGGAGCCACCACCGGCAUUCCAAACUCCACCACCAGGGGAAGGGGGAACUCCCAUUCCAGAGUCUCCCAACUCCUGGGUGACUCAAAUGGAGUUGCCGGUGGUGGUAAUUCCAAGGCGCCGCCACCAUCGCCACCGCCAUCAUCGCCGCCAUCGUCGUAGCUUCCACUACCGGCACACUCAUCGCCACCGCCAUCACCUUCCCACCGGUGGGUAUAUUCUUACUACCAGGACGGUGGUGGUGAGGGUGACGGCGGUCGUGACUACGACGAUGGCUUCAUAGCUUUUUGGAUUAAAAAAAAAAAAAAAAAAAAAAAAAAAAAAAAAAAAAAAAAAAAAAAAAAAAAAUAAAUAAAUAA